AUUUUGGGUGACUUCUGAAGGGUCACUAGAUGGUUGGAUGCUGUGUUUGGAUAAGGACAUACUAAAAAUUAUUUUUUUACUGUGAAUUUCAAAGCAAUUAUUCCAAAAAGUGUGAAAGAUUAUGUCCUAGAAAUAUUAAUAUUGCUUCAUAGUUUUGUGACUUUUGUAGAUGGCCAGAUGAGCCUUUCGAAGAAAUGGACAGUACUUUAGCUGUCCAGCAAUAUAUACAACAAAUGAUUCGAAGAGAACCUUCCAAUGUUGAUCUAAUAUUGACUAUGCCAGAUGCACAAGAUGAAGGAGUUUGGAAAUAUGAGCAUUUACGUCAGUUUUGUAUGGAAUUGAAUGGUUUAGCAGUGCGCCUACAAGGACAAUGCUUUCCUGAACAAUGUACACAAAUGACUGCAACUGAACAAUGGAUAUUUCUAUGUGCUGCCCACAAAACUCCAAAAGAAUGCCCAGCGAUAGAUUAUACAAGGCACACUUUAGAUGGUGCAGCUUGUUUAUUAAACAGUAAUAAAUAUUUUCCCAGUCGUGUGAGUAUAAAAGAGUCAUCAGUUGCUAAACUAGGUUCAGUGUGCAGAAGAGUGUAUAGAAUAUUUUCACAUGCUUAUUUUCACCAUCGCAGAAUUUUUGAUGAAUUUGAAGCUGAAACAUAUCUAUGUCAUAGAUUUACACAGUUUGUAACAAAGUACAACUUAAUGUCAAAAGACAAUCUGAUUGUGCCCAUUUUAGAGGAGGAUGCAACUAUCGGAGAAUCAGAGGCUUAAGCAUUUAUGUUAUUUAUUUUAAAAUAUUCUGUGCAUGUCAUUUUUUUAUUUUUCUUUGUUGUAGUGAUCCGUUUUAUUUAAAUCAUUUAUGUGUAAUUUGUAUAAAGAUAUACUUUUUAUAACAGUAUUCUUCUCUAUCAUUAUUUUAGGUCAUAAAACAAAUGUAAAAUUUUACAAGUUUUUAUAUAUUUUUAUUGUCAUCAAUCACUUUUCACUAUUAAAAGUAGAUCUUAAGUUU